AUGAAGCUCAGUCUCUGCUCUCUCCUGCUCUCAGCGGCAUCGAACUUGGUGCUGGCUCUGCCCAUCAACGACACCUUUGUGUACGAUGCCGUCAUCGUCGGAGGUGGUCCGGCAGGACUCUCGAUCGCCAGUGCCCUCGGCCGUGUGCGCCGCAACGCUCUCGUCAUCGACUCUGGAGAGUACCGCAACGCGCCUACGAGGCACAUGCACGAUGUCCUCGGUUUUGAUGGCGUCACCCCGGCGUGGUACCGCUACUCGGCCCGGAAGCAGAUUGCUGCCUACAACACAAUCACGUUCACCAACGGAACCGUGACCAAGAUUGAUGGCAACGACCAGCAAAACUUUGCUGUCACCAGUACCGGCUUCGACAACUCAACCUUCACCGUCCGCGCUCGCAAGGUCGUCCUGGCGACCGGUCUGAAGGACGACCUGCCCGAAACUCCCGGCAUUUGGGAGAACUGGGGCAAGGGCAUGUACUGGUGCCCCUGGUGUGACGGCCACGAGCACGCAGACCAGCCCCUCGGCCUCCUGGUGGCUCAGUUCUCCGACAUCCCGUCGUCGGCGCGCGAGGUCAUGACCCUCAACCCUGACCUGAUCGGCUUCGCCAACGGCACCGACACGCCCGAUGGGCGGGCCAAGACCGAGGCCAAGAACCCCAAGUUCCAGACCUACAUGGACCUGCACAAGGUGCGGGUCGACAACCGCACCAUCGCGCGCAUCGUGCGCCUCAAGGACGGCGGCGACCCGGCCCACGACCCUUCGCUGUCCACGGCUCCCGAGUACGACCUGUUCUCGGUCGAGUUCACCGAGGGCGAGCCGGUCCAGCGCGCCGGGUUCCUGCUGUCGUACCCCGAGGAGCAGCGCAGCAGGAUCGGCCCGGAGGCCGGCGUGCAGAUCUGGGGCAGCAAGCUGGCCGUCGACCAGUCCAAGGGCUACCUCACCAACGUCCCGGGCAUCUACGCCAUCGGCGACGCCAACUCGGACAACAGCACAAACGUCCCGCACGCCCUGUACACCGGCAAGCGCGCCGCCGUCUUCAUGCACGUCAGGCUGGCCAAGGAGGACCAGGCCAAGGAGACGGGCGUCGACGUCUCGCAGCUGCUCAAGAGGGACGUCGAGCUCGAGACCCGCUCGCUCUGGGACCAGGUCAACGGCCAGCCCGGUGAGAUUCUGUAUGCUGGCGAGUACGACCAGUAAAUUUGGGGGGUUCAUGAUACUUGAGGAUACCUAUGUACUAAAAACUAAAAAAAAAGGGUGAUGGCGCUCAAAAUAAUGCAAUAAUGAUACCUUAUUUUCU